UUUAUUUUAAAAGACAAGCAAUUUGGGAAAAAUAUGAUUCAGAUUCAGGUUUUUCCACAGUUAGGUAGCUUGAUCUCGGUAGCUUUGUGCUGUUCCUGAUUUAUAAGCAAAGGAAGCAAUUAAAAACUGAAUUGACAUAAAAAUUUGAUUAAAAUUAAUUAUGAGAUGAUUUUUGUCCUCUCUGGGGUACAUGAUAUUGCUAGGGGAAACUAAAUCUCAACAUUUGGCACUGAAAUGCAAAAGAAUAGUUAAUGUCACAGUUCUUGUACUAUUAUGAGAUUUCAGCUUGCAAGUAACCUGGAAUGAAUUGAGGGAAUCAUUUUAAACUUUCAAUUUUUUGCCUUCCAAAUUGUAGCAAGUAGGUGGGAGAAUGAUUGGUAAUAAUGCUUCCUUUGCUUAUAAUAUAAUAAUAAUAUUAUUAUUUAUUUAAACAAACAAACAACAACCCCAUUAGCACACUUAAGACCUAGCUUUAACCGGGAAUCAACUAGCAUUCAUUAAACCUAGACUAGCAUAAAUCUUUCAUAGCUAGAGACUAAGUGUUUUUGUAUUGGCAUCAAAAAAGCAAGGUUUUUUUUUAUCUCAAAUCGAAUUUUUUGGCAUACUACAAAGCAUAAAUUAUUGUUGCUAACUAAAUGUUUACCAUCCAAAAGGAACCAAGCAACAACAAAACAAAAAACUAGAAAAAUUAUUUUGCAAGUAAGGUUAACGUAUAGACACAAAGCGCUGGGUAUCAACUCAGUGUUUCUAUUCAGGUUAGGUUUAUCAAAGCACUGCCUUAAUAUCUUUACUGUUAAAGGUGAUCACUGGUCUGUUUAUAAAUCAAACUUUCAUUCUACUUCAAUUCUAGAAACAAAAAUUAGAGCUGAUUUCACAACCUACACGGUUAGUGCUUACAUUGUUUUUUUUUUCAGUGGAGAACACAAAGAGUGUUCAGAAUUAAGCUUUCAGCUAUCCUAGCAGCGUAUUCUAGACAGCAUAUUUAAGCCUGCGGACCAUAGGUUACCAUCACAUUUUGUUUCAUUAUGUUAAGAUUAUUAUUUUAUAAUCAUGCAUGUCUUUAUUUCUUGGUGUUAUAAAAGUUCUUGCUUAAAUUUCAGGUUCGCUUGUUUUUUGUUUUUUUUUUCACUCUAGGUUUUUGCUUUUUAGCAGGUUACCAUGUUGCUAUUUACAGGUAGUAAUGUGGCGCUAUAAAAUAACUAGAAAUAAGGUAGAGUUAUUGCUUUUUUCGAAAUUUUUGGUAACACCAAGUAAUACAAGGCUAUUACGUUUUAAAGUGCUAAUGGGCUUGCAUUUUCUACUUAAAAGUUUAGCUUAUUAUUUAAUUUCAGAUCUCAGGUGGCACACACACAAGAUUAGGAGCCCAUCACUUGGGAAAGGUCAUGUUUAAUCUAGCCAACCUCGCUCCUGCUGGGCUGUGGAAGCUCUGUCUCUGAGAAGGUGUGUUUCUGAUGUCCUCUGAGAUAUUCCAACGGAGAAAUCCUGAGAAACUUUAUCUGAUUCUGUAAUUCUUGCUGGGGGCAGUUUGGCACUUGGAAGAUUUGGCCGUUUGUUCCCAAGUGGGGAGGACAACGUGAAGGAAGGUGAGAGUUUGCUUCUCAUGUUUUUAGGGCCUCAUUCAUUUUGUUAUGAUACCACACGUUUUUCCAAAUAAAAACACAUUUCGACCUAGGAAGGAGCUUGUCUGCAAACAAUAUGUCUGGGAAUGUUCAUCUGUCUUGGAUGUGAUUUACGGGGGUGCUAGCAUUGUGCUCCCCGGCUUAAGGAAAGGUGUGUGGAAGGAGGAUUCGUUGGCAAGAAUUGGGCACUGAAUUGCACUGGUUUGACUUACCUGAAUUUUCACAAAUUGCAUCAAAUUGAGCUGAUAGUCUCUAAGAAUCUCUCCAAUGAGGGUAACUGGUUAUGGAUUUCUCUUCUAAACCUAAAUCUCGCGUAGCAUAUAUAGGUAGCUUUCCAAAAGAUCGCAAAACUUAUAUGUCGCAUAAAAACCUUUUUCCAAAAAUGCAAUAUUCCCUUGUAGGUUUUUGAAUCACUAAACCAUUUAAACAAAAUAUCGCUCAUAUAUAGGUCUGACUUCUUUUCUCUAACUUUUUCAAAAUAAUCAAAACUUAAGUUAGGCUGCGUCAACAUCUACUUUUUUGCCUGUUGUUUUUUGGCAACUUAAAACAACAAGUAAAAAAAAACGUGGGUGUGGAUGUUCGUCUAAAAAAAUUUUCUUUGAUAAAAAUCGAAAUUCUUAGGUGUUAAACCAUUAGGGAAAAACAGUAACGACUUUUCAAAAAGCGUGAUUAAUCAGACAGCUGUGGUAGUCUGCUCUAUAUUCUUCUUGUUAGGAGGGACAUAGAGUAGAUUUCUAUGGAUUGUGUGAUAAAUCAGGCAAUUUGGCCUAAAUAUUUAAGUUUCGGAUCGUUUUAUAAACACAGCUUCUUAGACAUUGAUAGUCUUAACUCUUACUUUUGGAGAUUUUCUUGGUGGUGACUUCAAUUGAUAUUUUCAGAAUUGAGUUUCCGGUAUAGGACUUAAUUUCAUAUAAUUGUUGUUUUAGUCUUUAAAGUAUAUUUGGCCACCCCCAGUCCUAUAUCGGAAUUCCGAUUUGAAGUGUCCAUUUCAGUCACAGCCAUUUGAUUUUAUGCAGCUGCUUCGGUGUUUCUACGCUUUUUGAAGAGCUAUUGUCACGGUCGUCAUGCAAGGCUGUUGAAGUCGGCUGGCGUGACCAUCGUGACUAAGGCUAGAAAUCUCGAGGGAACUUUGGAUUGGGUUAAUUAAUUAUUAUGCGGGAAAACAUCACGACAAGCUGCAUAAAUAAAGACUCAACAUUGAAUCCAAUUUUUUCCAGGAGACAUUAACUUUAAAUUAGGUUUGCAAUUCUCUCAAGCUAAUUUUCCGUAAGAAAUAUUAAACCUUUUUUUCGAUAACUGACUGAUGUUAAAUAAGCGCAAUUUUAUAUCGUUAGGGAAGGUUUACCUUCAAUUAAACAAAACUUCUAGAAGCGCAAUUUUUGCGGCACUGAAUCUUUGGGUAAUUAAUUAUUAUGCAGGAAAACAUCACAGCAAGCUAUAUUAAAUUCGGGAUUAAAUAAAGCCGAGGUUUACAAUUCUCUCGCGAUAAGUUUGCUUAGAAAAACUCUUUUCGAAAACCAAAGUGGCGCGGAUUAUAAAUAACGGCAGCCUUUAAUCAUAAGAGCAGGUUAAUUUGCAAUUAAUCAAAACAUUUUGGAGCACAAUUUAUGCGGCACUGAACCAGUAACGCGUAAAUUUUGCUUCAAAAUGUUUUAAUUAAUUGCCUUCAGAAAUCUCGAAAUUUUAGAAUGACACUAAUAACAUAAAAAUAAAGACACUACCAAAUUGCUUUUGAUUAAGGUAUAAACACUAAAUAAACAUUAAAUAGGGCAAAAGAAAUCCAGUAUCAGAAGCUCUCAGGGGAGAGAUUAUUAUUGACUUGUGCUCUUUGGUGAAGUUUGAGGAAUGAAGGUCCGGUCAGACUAAGCGGGAUUCAGUGUUUAAUUCUUGCCUUCGUUUGCCGACGGAAGCGCACUUAGUACUGAGUUUCACUCUGGUAGGGCCCUUUUUUUUCUCAUCUACGGCUCUUGGAUAUUUACGAUAUAUUGAAUUUGUAGACACGCAACUUCAAUCAAAAUUUAACUUUUCAGCACAAAUUUAGUGGCAACAAAAUUUUAAUUCCAAAUUAAUUGGUGUGGUAUUGUGACAAAGUUGAAUGAGACCCUGAGGACAUGAGGAGCAAACUCUCACUUUUCUUCACGCUGCCCACCCUACUUGGGAACAAACGGCUGAAUUUUCUAAGUGUCAAACUACCCCAAGCUUGAAUGAAGGGAUCAGAUAAAACAGACCAGGAUUUUAAAGUUGGAAUAUUAAAUGAGGACAGAAGAAUGAACACCGACUCGGAGCAGAGUGGAAGCAGCCCGGCAGGGGCGAGGGAGGCUAGAUUACUUUUUUUUAAAUAUUUUUUUUUAUUGUAAAUAAAUGGACAACAGAGACAAGUUUUAUUGCUUCAAUAAAGUACUGUUAUCUUGAGUACCCGUACUGUUUACUUUGUAAUCCAACUACUUGAGUGAACCAGAAAAAGAAAGGCUCGAACACAGUAAAACAUUGCGCGCAGUAAAGACUUGUUUACACCAGCGACAUCAACACAAGCACAAGUUUUAUUAAGCGCGGACGUUACAGCACAAGUAUAAACACAAACACAGCAGAAAGUACGCACUCAUUCUUUCUAUUCUCACGAGUAAUUAACGCAUUGAAAGAACAAGUAGAGGAAAAACAAACGAGUUCGCUUUAUUUUUCUUGUGUUUGUCCUUAAUUUGCGUGAAUUAGUGACAAGAACAAGAAUAGAAUGAGUGUGUUCCUUCUUCCUAUGUUUCUGCUUCUGCUUAUGUUGUUCAUGAUCUCACCGCACUCAGUUGUUGUCUACCGGUUUUGCUUGUGUUUAUGUCGCUAGUAUAUACUUGUCUUUAACUUACACCGUUUUCCAGCCAAGUGAUUGUUGCAUAAAAUGUUGUAAAGAUAGGUUGAAUUUAAGAAAUAAUCGUUUUUCUUCACACAUCGAACGCAACAAUCCCAGCGCCGAAAAACGACGUAAUUAUACUGCGCACAAUAUUUUAUUGUGUCCGAUCCUUUACGUAUGACAAAACUACAAGUACUUCAACAAAGUACAAAUGUCGAUGCGAAUUUUCGAAAAAACAUAACCUUCCAAAGCAGCGAAACUGAAAAUACUCGCGCGUGUUGGCAAGUCAAUAAAGAGACCGUUCGCGCUCGCAAAUUCUUAUAACUUUGCUUAUAAGCAACAAUCGUGAAAGGUCUUUCUCAAGCUCGCACCAACACUCGUAUUUUGCGCAUUUAAGUACUACUUGGUUUAAAUCAAGAGCGAGCUAAGUUCUGCUUUUGACAAACUCUUGGUAAAGCUUAGUGGUAAAAUCCAGACUAAUUUUAAUCAAACAGCUUGCAAUUAAACGCAAGUACGCCACAAAUAAGUGCUUUUUAGAAACGAGAUCGACUGAAAAAUAUCUUGUCUGUCUAAAGUUGCUCUUGGGCUCGUCACGCAGAGACAAACGCCUUGCGCGACAAUCUCAAGAACAACUUCAAACAAGACUACGAUUAAGCAGCAAAUUGAAAAUAAAAAAAAUCAGAACGUUCACAUUGUGGCGUAUUUUGCGGUAUAAUAAAUUAUUUAGUAAAGUCGGUCUGAAAUUACACAACAAAGCGUUAUCCAAGACCUUUUGCCUUCAUACUGUGAACUUCGUUUACUCCCACAGUGAUGAAAAUGUUAGAUAACAUGUUGAUCACCCUGGACACUAAAAAAUCUCAAAUCUCCCCACGCAACUAAAAAUGUCUUCGCGUAAACCAUAGUUAGUAGAGUACUAACUAUGAGUAAACUGAUCUAAAAACGUUCAAACCGCAGGUUUAUUCAACGCUGGACUAGGGAUUUCAAUGCCAUUUUUCAGUCUAAGCAGUACAUAGAUUCCAUUAAUGGGAAAAGGCGUACUUUGUUUUCAUAAACAAACAAACAUACAUUGUGUCACGGAUUGGUUCCCAAGUUAUAAGACUACUUUUUUAACUUAAAAAUUUCCUUGUGUACACCAAAUAGAUGGUUAAAUUUAACGUUUUAAAACUCUUACUGUUCCGUCUUUUAGGAAACAAACGAGAUGAGAAGAAAGCGAAUUUAGUGUUACAGCAGUGUCAAAUACAGGUUUUCCAGGAAGAAUACCAAUAAAAAAGAUGAUUAUGCACGUUUACCCAGACUGCUUUGCGCGCUUGUUAAGUUUAACUUGGGUACCACCGAUCAAUCAAAACAAAGUUGUCACCCAUACGAUCCCAUAG